AUGCAACGAGUAACUUUUGCUUUAAUAUUUGUUGCAGUUCAUGUUAGUUUUGCAUCGGCACAAGCACCUAUCCCAUCACGUCCAGACGGAUAUGGUGUAGGUGGACCAGCUGAUUCACAUGUUGUCGUAGAAAUGUUUUUUGAUCCACUUUGCCCAGGUUGCAAAGCUUCGUGGCCAACAGUUUUACAAGUAAUUCAAGCAUAUGGCACACGAAUUCAUGUUCGAAUUCAUACAUUUCCGCUUCCUUAUCAUACGAAUUCAUUUGUUGCUUCUCAAGGUUUACAUGUUAUCGCUAAUGCUACCAGCCGAAAUCUUGACUCUAUUUUUCAAUAUGCAACUAAAGUAUUUGAAAAUCAAGCGGCCUGGUAUAAUGAUGCAACUCAAUCAAUGACGAUGCCACAAGUUGUUGAUUCACUUGCUACAUUCGUUGCUUCAACUGGUUUAGUAACAAAAGAUAAAUUUUUAGCAGGCAUGGCCAUGGAUGAUAUUAAUUUUGAAACACGUGUUUCAUGGAAAUAUGCUUGUUCAAGAGGUGUUCUUGGUACUCCGACAUUUUUUAUUAAUGGUGUCUUCAUAAGUGCCGAUCCAACAUGGUCACUUAAUGAUUGGAAAUCUGUUAUUGAUCCAAUUUUAGGAUCAAACGACAAAAUUUCAACUCCAGUCAAAGAUUGUCCACCGAAUGAAAAGGAAUGCACUUAUGCUCCACAUAAAACUCAAUGUUGUCUAGCUGGCGAAAAUUGUAUUCCAAAUGUUGGUUGUCGUUGUUUUAAUAUGAAAAAUGGAAACAAAUGCGCUUAA